UUGGACGCCUUUAUAAACGUUUUAGCAAAGUCGCUAGCUUUUUUGGAUUGCUCUGUGGUGAGUUGUUGAACCAUUUGCUUCUCGUAGGAUUAGGGUGUUAUACAAUUGAUAUAUUAUAUAAUUAUAUAAUUUUAUUAUAAUUACGCACACACACAAAGAUACACACACACACACACAUAUAUAUGUAUCUCUUCAAGUUGAGUGAAAAAUUAUUUAAGUUAACUAAUUAAAUGUAUUGACCUUCGUAAGCUACUACAUUAAUAUAAUAGACCUAUCUGACUAUACAAUAUACAUAUAAAUUUAUGAGAAAAAAUCUAAUUUAUUAGAAGACAUAAUUUAAUAAAAACCUAAAAUAGAUAAAGCCAUUAAUUUGGUAUGCGACACAAAAGAAAAAUUGACACGAAAAAUAAGGAAAACGAUUACCAUUUCGAUAUACGAAUACGAAAGUACCCGAUCAUAAAAUGGACCAUUAGAAAUAUCCCUUUAUAUUUUGACGUGUUCGGGUCAAAACUCUCAGGUGCAUUAUAUGCUUUAGGCAAUGCACCUGAGAGUUCUGACCUGAACACGUUUUACGAUCGUAUACUUUCGUAUUCGUAUAACAAAAUGGUGAAUCGAUAUCCAUAUUUUUCGUGUCAUUUGUUUUCUGUUGUAUACCAAAUUGGCAGAUCUAUGUAUUUGAGGUUAUUAUUAUAAUCAUAUCUUAUAAUAAAUUGGAUUUUUGUCAUAAUUUUAUAUGUCUCGACGUAGUCAAGUAGGUCUAUUAUAUUAAAGUUAUAGCUUAUGAAGAUUUAUACAUCGUACCAUUUAAUUUAAAUAAUUUUUCAAUCAACUUGAAUAUAUAUAAAGAAAUACAUACUUAUAAUUAUAACAAAAUUCUAUACUGCAUUCAAUGUGUGACACCCCAAGCCAAAGUGAAGGAGAUGGUUCAACAACUCACCACAGACCAAACCAAAAGAGCUAACGACUUUUCUACAACAUUUAUAAAUGCGUCCACACUUACAUACUAUGAAAUGUUACAGUUUUUCCACAUUAUAUAAGUUUGACGUCCUCGUCGAGCCCAAAAACUAAAGAAAUCCUUUUAAGGCACUUUUGGCAGGGUCGACCUCAGACAAAAUUUGUUACAGUCCAAGCCAAACAUACUACGUCAAUCAACAACCAACUAUAAGUUGAUACAAAAGAGUUAUCAAUUCCGAUACAAUAUUAGUUGUAAGUUUGUGCUGAUAAAGGCAUUGAUAUAACUUAGUGACGUGGGAUGUUGAAAAUUUUUUCCGUGACACCACUUUAUAUAGUAUGUUUUAAGAUAGCUGUAACCACAUGUUCAAGUAAAUGCUUAGUCAUCAUCCACUAACUCAUCUUUUUGUGAAUGCAAAUACAUAUCAAAUAAUCAUACUCAAAUUUCUUAAAUGCGCGUAAAAUUGAUUAGCUCAUGCUUUAUGGGAUGGAGUGAGUAUAUUUUAGUUACUUUAUUUUACUUUAUAUAUGAGCUACAGCUUUGAAAUAAAAUUUAUAUUAUGCCCAAUUACAAUUUUCUAAGGAUAAAUUUGUAUAUAUGAAGCCCACCUCCAGUAUUCACAAACAUACUCCUACUCUUACUAUUCUAUUUCUUUUAACCUCCAUCAACACGCUGACUUCACCCAAGACCCAUCCAUCUCACUCUUUAUAAACUUUUGUGUUCCAACAAACUUUAAAGUCGCAAACUUUAGAGUUAUUGUACGGUGGUAAGGAAAAUCAAUCUCCAUCUCAAACCACUUUCUUUAUAUCUCCUUUAAUUUUAAGUUUUUAAGAACUUUGCUUCAAGAGAAUGGAAAGAAAUGAAGCUAAUUGUGGCAAAUUUCCUUUGAAUUACGUUAUUUGGUUUGCCGAAUUCGUGAAGAGGAUUGCUGGACAUUUUCCUCUCUCGGAAGACUCGACUAGAGUCGAAGAAUACUGCGGGAUCUCAAUGAGAACCUUCAGAUACUUGUGCUCUCUUGUGAUGGAGCCAAUGUCCAAUUCACACACAUACAAAUUUAACGAUAACAGAGAAUUGACUGUGGUUGAUAAAGUAGCCAUAGCGUUGAGAAGGCUAAAAUUUGGCAAGUCACUGAACUCAAUCAGUAAGGAAAUUGGUACGCACUCUUUUACUGCUGAUAAGGUUACAAGGUCCUUUGUGGAGGCCUUGGUAGAAAAUGGCCUUCGCCACCUCCAUGGGACAGCCACUGCUACUGAGGAAAGAAUGACUGCUGAGACAAUGGAUAGGCGGCUAAAGGAAGAAUGGAAGGUUCUUACACUUGUAAUGAAAGCUGAGAAGCGUCAAAGUAUUAGCACAGCUUGCCGCAUCUUGCAUAACAUUGUCAUUGAGAUGAAUGAUGAGAGGCAUGGUUAGCUAUCUCUGUCACAAGGUCAUCAUCCAGGCUUUAUGACUCACAAAUUUUAAAGAUUAGUUUUGUAAUUGUUAGAAAGUUUUGAAUCAUCUCUUCUGAAUAUUUCUUUGGUUUCCGCUUUUUUAUUUGUAUUUUGUGUGAUUAUUAUUUGUGGUCAUUAAUAUUUAGUUCAUGAGUUUGUUUAGUAUUUUUGUUUUACAUGUGUACUCUUUCAUAUGAAUAUCCGUGAUAUUAGAAAAGAACACCUUUGCUAAUGUACUAGUUAUAACAUGGGAAUAUUGAUAGAAAGAAAUGAGGAAACUUUUGGGCGCUUCAAUUAGAUGAUGAAACUUUAUGGGUAGAUGAUAUAGAUCAAUUCGACGAGAUUGAUUAACAAGCAAUGCGGCUGAAACCAUAGUGUGUAGCAAUGUUGAAAGAAAAUUACUUUGAAAAAGCUAAAGAAGCAGCUUUCUGGUCCAUAAGCCAUGAUCAGCUUUAUUGUGUGCUGAAUUAUAUGCACAUACAAACACCCAAUUGAUUUGAAAAUUUGACUUUAGACCCGAUCCGCUGCUCACUGAAUAAUUAGUGCAGAAGCUUUUUGCAGCAAAUACACACACUUGUUCCCAGGUUAGAGCUCUUUAUUCUGCUCUGUUUCUCAUAUAUUUUGCAACUCUAUAUGCACAUAUACAUACAUGUAUACACACAGUUGCUUAUAACCCUGAAAAGUUUAUGUAUGUGUAAUGCCAAUCAGUUGUGUGCUUAGCUUUUGCUUGUUUACAAUUGCCCAAUAAGAGUUAUGCUCAAAAAAGAAUCUUGGGUGUCAUUUUGUCAAAAAGGUUCAAUCUUUGUAUAAAAAUCCAAUCUUUACAUAUUGUAGUUCAAUUGGGGAUGAUGGAAAUGUUGGUAAUUCUGAUUAUAAGAAUGGGUCAUUCCCUGAAACAGAUUGGGAAAGUUUGCUUGAACCAUGUGACAUUAAACAGCUUCGAAAGUCCCUUAAUCGACUUACACCGUAUCAGCUUAAUAAGUUGCUUCAACUCCCCCUUGAUGUCCCUACUUCUGUGGAUUUUUUCUGUAAGGCGGGUACUCAAAUGGGGUAUACUCAUACAUUCAAUGUGUAUUGUACUUUGAUUAAUAAACCUGGAGCGGCCGGGGAGUUUAAGUUGAUUGAUGGAUUGUUGCUGCGAAUGAAAGAUGAAGGGGUAUUUAUUCAGGAGUCACUUUUUAUUUCUAAAAUGAGGCAUUAUGGUAGAGCUGGUUUACCUGGUCAAUCGACGCGGUUACUUUUUGAUAUGAGGGAUGUUUUUAGUUGUGAAUAUAGUUUUAGGUCUUAUAAUGUUGUUCUGGAUAUUUUGGUUGCUGGGGAUUGCUCGGCUGUUGCACCGAAUAUUUUUUAUGAGAUGUUGCACAAGGGGAUUUCUCCAACUGUUUUCACGUUCGGUGUGGUGAUGAUGAAAGCGCUUUGUAUGGUUAAUGAGGUGGAUUCUGCAUGUUCACUUUUAAGAGAUAUGACAAAACAUGGGUGUGUGCCGAAUUCAGUUAUUUACCAGACACUUAUACAUGCGCUUUGUAAGGUGAACAGAAUAAAUGACGUGAUAAGAUAUUUGGAGGAAAUGUUUCUGAUGGGUUGCACACCUGAUGUUGAUACUUUUAAUGAUGUUAUUCAUGGUCUUUGCCGUGCUAAGAGGAUACCUGAAGGUGCUAAAUUGGUCGAUAGAAUGCUUCUCGGAGGCUUCACUCCUAGCAAGUUUACUUAUGGAAUUUUAAUGGAUGGAUUAUGCCGAACUGGUCAAGUUGAUAAAGCUAGAGCUUUGCUGGACAGAGUGCCUGAGCCUAAUGUUGUUUUGUUCAAUACUUUGAUUAAUGGUCAUGUGGUCAAUGGACAGUUUGAUGAUGCCAAUGCUGUUUUGAGGCAGAGGAUGCCCGCUGUUGGUUGCAAUCCAGAUAUCUAUACAUAUAACAUAAUCAUCCGUGGUCUAUGUUCGAGAAAAUCUUUUUCUUAAUUAGCACGAAAUUUGAUGAAAGAGAUGGAAAUUAUGGGUUGCAAGCCCAACCUAAUAACAUACACGAGUUUGAUCAACGGGUUCUGCAAGGUCGGCAGAUUGAAGGAAGCAGAAGAAGCUGUCCGUGAAAUGUCAGCAUUGGGGAUUUGCUUAAACACUGUUGGAUACAACUGCCUGAUACAUGCUUUAGCUAAGGAUGAGAAGGUUAAGGAGGCUCUGGAACUAUACGCUGACAUGGUAAACGGAGGAUGUAAACCAGAUAUGUUCACUUUCAAUUCUCUGAUAUGUGGGCUCUGUAGGGUUGAUCAGAUAGAAGAUGCUCCUAAACUAGUGCCAUUUCCAAUUAUAUUGCUCCUAAACUUACGUAUUCUGCAUACACAUGGAUAACCUAAGCAGAUUUCUCAUAGUGAAGUACUCGCUCCGUCCCAAUUUAUGUGAACUGGUUUGACUUUCACGGAGAUUAAGAAAAAGGUAGUAAAUGUAGUUGAAAAGUGAGUAAAGUGAUGGGACCCAUCAAUAUUUAAUAAUAGAUUUGAGAUAGUGGAGGAAAGUAGUGGGUGUAAUAGUGUUUAUUUAAUAAAAAGAGAGUAUAAAAUAUAGAGGUAGUGGGUGUAAUAGUGAAAAAUAGUGUUCAAAAAUAGUAAGUAUUGUAGAUUCAUUGGACGUCUCAAAAAGGAAAUGAGGUCACAUAAAAUGGGAUGGAGGGAGUAAUAGAUAAGCUUCAAAUUCUAAAAUUAAGCUCCAAAUAUGCAUUACAUAACUGGAACUUAACUGGUAAUAUGUGACUACAACUCAAUUAGAAAUAAUACUAGCAAUUUCUAACCACUGCUUCAUAUGUAAAUCCUUAUAGACACUUUAACAAACACAUAGAACACAUACAUUGAAAAUCCAUAUAAAGACAAAUAUAUAUAAAUCAAAUUGCAAUUCUUCAAAAGAAUGUAAAACUUACAUUAUAAUCCAUUAUA